UUGUUUGUGUUUUGUGGGCCGCCGGCGGGGAUCAAUAUGUUUAUUGUUUAAUCGUGAAGGCUGUCCAAGGACACCACUGAUCGGCAAUGGAGCCAGGCGACCAAUUUGUCUUCUGUCUCGAUCUGCCCGCCCAAGAUUGCUGGAAGCAGAUCACGAAAUGGGCGAAAAUAAAAUGUCAGACGCCGAAGUUAAAAAACCAGUUGCGUGACUUCGCAACUUUACUCGAAAAGAAGGAUUUUAAAACUAUCGAUCCCGACGCCUUUAUGCGCAUGGUUUGCGAGCUUCUGCCAUUUGUCGGCGACUCGCGGCCCUACAUGGCCUUCUGCAUGGUGCGGCUGGUGCAAGAGCUGGCAGUGAACGAGAAGACUGGCGCAGUCAUCCAGUAUCGGCUGUCGGAGUUGAUGGGCUGCGUCAUUGACUACAUACAGGAGGGUCUGGACGCCGAGGACGUGAAGAACCUGCUGGGCGCCGCCACGGACGUGCUGCGCCUGAUGCUGCAGCGCGGCCGGGCGGCGCUGGCCGACUUCCUGUGCCAGUUCCUGGCGGUGGCCGGCGCCGACGGCACGCCGCUCGAGGUGACCCGUCAGCUGAUGGCCGUCACCAACCAGCUGCUGGAGCCGCUGCAGCGCGCCCAGCGCUCGGCCGUGCGCACCCAGCUGGACGAGCAGCUGCCGGCGCUGCUGCGCCUGCUCACCACCUGCGGCGACUACGACAUGCAGGCCAACCUGGUCGAGUGUCUGUUCCGGCUGAGCACACAGCCCGAGCGGCCGCUGCUGGCCGCCGCCUGGCUGCCCAGCGACGAGCUACGCAACGCCUUCGUGGCCAUCUCCAACUUCGACCCGGACUGUCGGCUGCUGCUGAACGCCUUCAACCGGCGACUGGGCGCCGAGCGCAAGGUGUUCUCGUUCCCGGCCGAGUCGGUCACGCUGGCCGGCUUCGUGCUGGAGAAGCCCGACGACCCCGACUACCACGACAUGUGGGUGGACUUUAACGAGGGCAGCGGCUCCGUCAGCCUCUAUUGCCAGCGGCCGGUGACCGAGACGCAGCCGGACGAGACCCUCUGGGAGACGGUGACGAUCCGACGCGACGACGUGACGCGCGCGCGGCUCCGUCUGCAGCGGCACCGGCAGGUAGUGCAGCUGACACUGGACCGGCCCUGUCGCCAGCUGCUCUCCUCCGGCGCGCUGGAGACGUUCGACGGCAGCGACGUCUCCCUCGCCUUCCUCAAGGGCCACGACCUGCACUCGGUGCUGGGCCGGCUCUACGGACCGGCCGUCUACAAGUUCCAGGCGUGCGAGGAGCUGGCGUCUGAGCGCGUCCAGAAGGCUUCGGCCACCAUCCGCGGCGUGCACUGCCGCUCGACCGUGGACGCGCCGGCGCAGUCGGUCACCACGGCCAGCUCCUCGGCCGGCUGCGGCCGCGCCGCGCCGCGCCACAAGGCCUCGGUACCGCUGUCGGCAGUCAGCUCCGGCGGCGGCGCACGCCCGCAGGCCCGCCGGCCCGCCGACGCGCCCAAGAGCUCCGUGCCAGUGCUGGCCGGACAGCGCGCCACCGGCCGCUACAGUCCGCUCGAGAUGCGCUCGCCGGGCCGUGAACUGUACAGAGAGCGCGCCUCGCCGGCUGCCGAGCCGGCGCCGGCGCCGCUCACUGAGGCUCCACCGAUGCCUCCCGCUGAGGCUCCCGCGGCGCCUGCCGCUGAGGCCGUGCCGAUCAGCCAGAGCUCCGGGACCAGCGUCAUCGAGCCAACGCCGCGCCCGGCGCCCGCCUCCUCCGCUCCCAGCACGCCGGGCGUCUCGUCGACGGCGCAGGCGUGCGUGCGCACCCCGCAGGGCCGACGCCGACCGGCCGACUCUCCGGCGGCGCCGGAGUCGGCCUCGGCCAGUGGCAGGGAGGCAAAGAGCGCCGGCGAGCCGUCCCAGAGGCGCCAGCAGCAGGGUCGUUCCCAUGACGCCGAGGACUCAGCCGAGCACCAGACGCAGCAGCGCAGAGGUCACGGACCUGACGAGCAUGGAGACGGGGCGGGAGAACAGGCCGAACAGGAGUCUGACCAAGAGGCCGGGCCGAACAUCCAGGAAGUGAUGUCGGACAAUGAGCGGGAGGCGGAGGAUGAGUAUGAGCUGCAAGUGGAAGAGCAUGACAGUGAACGUGAAGAGGAAAUGCAGGAACAUGAUGACGUAGCUGACAAGCAUCAGGCUGAGCAAGCUCAGAAAUCGAAACCAGAUCAGUCGCCAGAACAGGCGCCGUCCCUCGAUUUUGAGGCGUCUCCACCCGCGAGCACUAUAGCUGAGAGAUCGCCGCUGGCCGCCCCUGCGCCAGCCUCGCCGCCGCCCGCUGCCGAGCGCGCCCCUAAGCCGACUGACCAGUCGUUCGCCAGUGUGGAGAGCCGACAGUGGGCCACUCGCCGACCACGUGCCGCCGCCCGCGCACCAUACAUUGAGAUAUCCGAGUCUGACGGUGGCAGCGACGACCGGGGCAUCUCUCCCAGUCCGCCGCCGCCCCAGCGGCAGUCGCCCGCCAGGAGAGACGACAAUAACAAUGUGCCAGACGCGGAUGAUGUCUCACGGAGGCGGGACCGGCCGGCCGCCCGUCCACGUGACAAAACGUCCACGGACCGAGGGACCAGAGCGGUCAAACAGACGGCGAAGGCGGCAGCCGAGAAAAAAGAGAAGCAGGCGGCAGUCCGGGGGGCCGAGAAACAGGCGCGCUCCAAGGCGCCGGCAGGAAAACGCGACAAGCGCCGCGCGUGUGUGACCUUUGAGGAGCAAGACACUGCCGAUACCGCGCGGGAUGAGGCCAAGAAAAGCCGCCGUCUCACGCUGGCCAAAGAUAGUUCUGCCGAAGAGUAUGUGCCGCACUCGAUAUUCAGUCAGAGCGACUCUGCCGACUCGGAGUUCAGUGCUCCGUGGCACAAGCCGAGCAAGAAGUCGCGCUACCCGCGAUCACCGCACAUCUUCUCUGACGUGGGCACGAGCACCGACGGCGAGCGCCUGCCGCCGUCGCCGCCGGCGCCGCAGCGACAUGUGGGCACGUUCAAGCGCUUCCCCGUCUACGACCCGCGCAGCGUCCGCAACAAGUCGCUGCUGUCACAGGAGGAGAGCUGGCAGGCGGAGCUGUCUCGGCGCGGCGGCCGCGGUAGAGGCGGCCGCGGCCAGCGGCGCGGAUCCGCCAGCAGGCGGGGCGGCGCCUCCAAGCGCGGCGCCGCCUCAGCUCGCGGGCGCGGCGCACAGUCCGGUCGGGGGGCGACCUCGGCGAAGCGUGGGGUGAGCCGUUCGCAGCCGGUCGGCGGCUGGGCGGACCGCGUGUCGCACGAGGAGAGUCGACUUCAGUCGCCUGAGGUGCUCCGAGACGAGCCAGCACCGUUCGACGAGCGCGACCUCUCGGACACCGAGGUACCGCCGGCCAAACGACGGCCCAGCCGUAGCCUGGCCUCCCGUUUCGGCUGGGGCUCCACGGGCUCAGAGAGCGGCGAGCGACCGCUGGAGGUGUCGCCGCCGGCGCCGGCCGCGCAGAGCCGCGGCGCGCGGCGCCACUCGGGACGGCAGCGGACGGCGGAACCGGCGCCCGCCGUCUCCCCGAGCGACGAGCCGCUGCAGCAGCCCGAGCUGGAGCUGUCCGGCAACCACGAGCUGUGUGCCGAGCUGGAGCUAUCGGCGCCGCCGCCGCCGGCCGCGCUGGACGCCAGCGGCUCCGGACACGUGUCGCACCUCUCGAUCUCGGCCACAGAGUCGGCGCCGGCGCUCGCCUGCCCGCCCAACACGCCGCUCUCGGCCGGCAAGGCGGUGGCGCCGGCCGCGCCCACGGCCGCCCAGCUGGGCGACGCCAUGCAGUGGCAGCCUGUGUCGCCGCAGCGCGUCCGGCCGCCGGCGCCGGACCCGGCCGCGCUCACAGCCACGCAGGAGUUCCGUCUGGACGACCACCUGGCGCUGGAGGCGGAGGCCAGCCGGCCGGUCAGCCCGGCGCCGCUGGACGCCAGCCAGCACCUGAGCGACUCACCACUGCCGUCCCCGAUCCGCGCGUCGAGUACCGUGCCGCCCACCCCGUCCGCGGCCGCGCGGCCCGCCACGGGAGCGGCGCCGGCGCCGGCCCGCCAGCCGGCGGUGGAGUUCCGACAGCCGCUGCCCCCGCCGCCGCCGCCGCCGGCCACCGACCAGCGGCCGCAGCCGUCGGUGCUGAUGUCGCAGACGACGGACAUGAUCCGGGCCGAGCUGAGCGGCAUGCUGGUCGACUGGGAGACGAGCAGCGUGCGCUCCGAGCAGCAGCAGCAGGCGGGGCCGGCCGAGCUACUGCGCGCCGUGGCCGCCAUCCGCCGUCAGGUGAGGCGGCUGGAGGAGCGCGACGAGCAGCUGUACCAGCUGAGCCGGCGCUCGGCCGCCGCCCAGGAGACGUUGCUGGCGCAGCAGCGCGCCGCCGUCGCCACACAGGAGCGGCUCGGAGAGGCGGCCACCGCGGCGCGCCGCCAGGCCGCCGAGAAAAUCCUGGCCGAGUGUGAGCGACUGGAGCGGCAGCCGCCGGCCGCGGCGACGGCCCGCGCCCCGCCGGCGGCCGACGGAGUGGAGAGCGAGAUACAGAGCGUGCAGCGGGAGCUGGAGCAGAUGCUGAGCGCCGCCGGCGACGACCAGCUGCACGAUUACCGGUGCUGACCGCUCAGCGACCGAUAAAGACGAUAAUGUGGCGAGUGGAAUGUUUAUCUCGCAAGUGGACCCGAUCUCAGUUGGGUUGUGGGCGGGCGGGCGGAAACGCGACAUUCACCCUUUUCAGUGAUUUUGUUACCGAUUUUGAGCGUUUAUAUUCAAUAUGUUAAUCAAUUUUUUGAAUUAAGUAUUAUUCAAUAUUCCUGACAGCAUUCUCUUGUUAUGUUCGCUGUGUGCUUGGCAAUAAACGGUUUUGUUUUC